AUGAAUACAGAGAAAUCAGCAACACUAAAAAUCAACGUCGAAAAAAUACUAGAAAACUACAAGCAAAACGCCAUUUGUGAAGUGGACAAAGUAUUAGCUCCUGUGCCAACGAUCAACUGGCCGAGCUUCCUUUCCAAAAUAUUCAUUGGAAGCACACACAUGGAAUUCCCGGAGGAGGCCGAAGAAAACUGGAAAAACAAGAUCCAAGUCCUUUCUAGAAUCUUAGAGAUGAACACGAUAUGCUUUAUAAUGCAAAGCAAGGGGAAGUGCGCGCUUGAUUUCAGAAAUGCCGUUUUAGGGGAUGAAAUGGAUGAUGAACUCACCGGGAGAGCGGCACUGGAGAAGUGUGCGGAAAAAUGUGAGUUCAUCCGAAGAAACUUGACAGAAGACAAAAUAGACGGAGAGCCUACAAUAAAGGCCUUUAUGGAAGCAGAAACUGCAAAGAUGAUUCAUGUCAUAGAGUACAUCAGCAAAUUCAGCGAGUCGGAUGCGAAAAACUACAUAGAGCAUCUUAUUAACAUCACAACCAGACGCUUUAGCUUGCUAGCUCUAACCAGAGACCACUGCGACUACUCUCUGGAUAGCUUCUGCAGUAGAUACGAACAGAAAAACUCAAUCUCAAGCUCUGACAACAUAUACUCGCUGGAAGAGUUGUACACUCUUGAGAAAGACGGGAAACUUCUUCUGGAUGAGGUACUUGAAGAAACAUUCGGCAUAAUAUACAGAGAUUAUAGGUAUGUUAGCGUCUUCCGAACUGUUAAAGAGAUGGAAGCUAUGGACAUAAGCCCAGAGACGAUGAAGAGAAUCAGAAGCAUCAACCACCACAACAGAGCCAUCGUUUUCGAGCAAGAAUUUGUCUACCAGAUGCUUUACAUGGAAAGAAGUCUAGCUGACCUCGAAAGAAAUGCCAAAAUACUAGACGGCAUUCUCGAUGUAAAGAAGUCUAACCCCAUCGGAGCAGAUAUCUUUAGAAAGUCUGUGGAUCCAGUGCUUAUUUCCUUCAUUCUGUGCAAAUACAAAGACAAAAAAGCACUGCUGAAAAGACUCAUAGAAAGGGAAAAUGAUCUUAAGAAAAAAACACGCGAAAUACUUGGCAAGCUGGACUCAUUGGAACACGGCACAGAGGAAGCCAUGGAGUUGAAUGAGCAGAUUGAAUUCUACAAAUUGUUAAAAACCACAACAACCGAGGUUUUAAACCUUUUCCAAAACUACAGAGGGCUGGCUCUAGUUCAAAGGAAAGCUAUAUGGGCGAAGAUAGAGAGCUAUUCGAGAAAUCUCCAGGUUAAGAUUAAAGAUUUUGAUCUUCUCAGGAAAUCCAUGAUGCGAUACGAGGAGGACGAUUGUUUUUAUUGGGAUCUAUCAUCAGAUGAUGACGAAGUGGAAGACGACGUGAAAGACGAAGUGGAAGAAGCCCCGGAAUCUAAUCGGCCUUUUGACCAGAGUGCUAGUCACUUAAACAACAAUUCAGCUCCUGUUAAUGAACCGGCAGUUAUUCCGGCGACCGUUGAAACAGCUCCUGUUAAUGAACCGGCAGUUAUUCCGGCGACCGUUGAAACAGAUCCUGUUAAUAUUCAACAGGAAGCUACUCCAGUGAUAGUUGAAACAGUUCCUGUUAAUCCAGAGGAUAUAGAGUACAAAAAUUCCAAAAUUGAGAAUUUGUUGCAAGUUCUGCUGUGCCUUUUCUUUUCGCUAUUCAUAGUCUCUUCUUCUAUGGCUAUAUACGAAGAAAUACAAAGUCAAGCAUAA